GUUUCGCCCUCCCCCUGAGCUCCUGUCAGCUUUCAACCGCCCGCGUCUUGUUAGGAGCGAGUUGACGGUGGCGACAUGGUCCCGGCGGUGGUCGUGAAGUGGAGCGGAGCGUGGCGGUGACUCCGGCGGCGAGCCUUCCGUGUCCCAUCUGCAGAGGAUGAGCAGCCAGCCACCUCAACGACCCUCGCUCACACCAGCGCAGGACGCCUUGCAACUGCGCGAUGCGGCUCAGGGUGCAACGAGGAGGCGACGGUCUCCUCUCUCCUCUCCGCUCAAAGCAUCUCCUGGCCGGGUUCAUGUUGACACUUUCUCCGAGUAGUUUUUUGUCACUGUUGUUGACCACGGCGCCCCCGACGUUUGGCCGCUUUCUGGGGAAGUGCAUCAUGAUCUGAUCUUGAAAGCGAAGCAGGCGGUUAAUAGGAGUCACCUGGAAGCACAUGAUGGCCAACGAGCUGCAAACCGAUCCGGGCGGGCUGUCGGUACUGCAGCAACUCGGCUUGGACCAGAACUCGGACCUCUCGGAUUCCGGUGUGCAGCAACUCCUGGAUGAGUACCGGGAGAGGAUCCGCAGGGAGAUCCGCAAAGAGCUGAAGAUCAAAGAGGGAGCCGAGAACCUCCGCCGAGCCACCACCGACAAGAGAAAUGCCCAGCAGGUGGACUCGCAGCUGCGCAGUUCCAAACGCAAGCUGGAGUGUCUCCACGCUCAGCUGCAGGAGCUCGAUGCGCUCAUCGUGGUCAAGAGUCACAACGAGAACCGAGAUGCCGCUACGUCCCCGGGCUCGGUCAGCCGACCGUCUGCCAACCAGCAGCGCAUUGCUGCGUUGGAGCGUCAGCUAAACAUUGAGUUGAAGGUCAAACAGGGGGCAGAAAACAUGAUCCCCAUUUAUGCCAACGGCGCUACCAAGGACAAGAAGCUUCUCCAGACGGCCCAGCAGAUGCUGCAGGACAGCAAGACGAAAAUUGAUAUCAUCCGCAUGCAGAUCCGAAAGGCCAUGCAGGCCACGGAGCAAUCGGAGGACAGCCCAUGUAAACCCGACCUGUGCGGGGUGGAGUUGCGCGUGGAGGAGCUGUGGCAUCAUUACCGCGUGGAGCACGCCAUGGCGGAGGGAGCAAAGAACAUGCUGCGACUGCUCGGCGCGGGCAAGGUCCAAGACAAAAAGGCCAUCGCGGAGGCGCAAUGCGGUCUGAGCGAGUCAUCGCAGCGUCUGGACCUGCUCAGGUGCUCUCUGGAGCAGCGGCUACUGGAGCUCCCGGAGGACCACCCCAAGGCCUGUCUGAUCAAGGAGGAGCUGGCGUUGGCUUCCUCCUCAGCGUUUAGCAGCCGCCAAAGCACACCCUACGUUCACAACCAGUACAGCACCCUGAGUAAACCGUCGCCUCUCACAGGAACCCUUCAAGUUCAUCUUUUGGGAUGCGUAGGGCUGCCAGAGGUGGUCCCAGGCCGAAGCAGAGGGACCCCCGCGCUUCUUCCCUCUUACUCUCCGGGAGACGGACGCUCCUCCUUCAAACUGAGCGGCCUCUACAGCCGCAGCACCAGUAGCAUGAGCCUUAAGAUCCCCGGCAAGAAUGACGAGCUGUCCACGGAAGUGAGUGCCGUGCUGAAGCUGGAGAACACGGUUGUGGGUCAGACCGCUUGGAGAACGUUUGGCGAUCAGACGUGGGACCAAAGCUUCACUGUGGAGCUGGAGAGGUCCAGGGAGUUGGAGAUAGCCGUGUACUGGCGAGAUUACCGCUCCCUGUGCGCUCUGAAGUACCUGAAGCUGGAAGAGUUUUUGGAUAACCAAAGGCACCGAGUCAAGCUCGAUCUGGAGCCGCAGGGCCUGCUCCUGGCAGAGGUCACCUUUUUCAAUCCGGUCAUCGAGAGAGGACGAAGACUCCAGAGACAAAAGAAUGUCUUUUCCAAACAGCACGGUAAAGCCUUCCUGCGUGCCCGCCAGAUGAACGUGGACAUCAGCACGUGGGUUCGCCUGCUGCGGAACGCCAUCCCGAGUGGAAGCAACCCGCCUGCGUACGCGGCCGCUUUCUCCAGCGACGCUCUCUCGCGCAGCUCCGGAGAAAUUUCUGUGGAAAAGCUAACUCUGGACACAGAAUCUCCCCACAAAGCCCAGAUGGGAGACUUUUCCACCGCGCAGACGGCGCUCAUCGAGCCCCCUUCCGUGCCGGAUGUUCCUGUUCACAGAUCACAGGCUCUGAACUCCUUGCCCAGAGCAAGCAGAGGCCCCGUUUGCUUGCAGGAUUUCAAGCUGAUCGCGGUGCUGGGCAGGGGGCACUUUGGCAAGGUGUUGUUGUCGGAAUACAAGCCGGCAGGCGACCUGUACGCCAUCAAAGCCCUGAAGAAAGGAGACAUCGUCACGCGGGACGAAGUGGAAAGCCUGAUGUGCGAGAAGCGCAUCUUUGAAACCGUCAACGGCUCCCGCCAUCCGUUCCUGGUCAACCUGUUUGCGUGUUUCCAGACGCCAGAACACGUGUGUUUUGUUAUGGAGUACACCGCCGGAGGAGACCUCAUGAUGCACAUCCAUACCGACGUCUUUUCAGAGCCACGCGCCGUGUUCUACUCUGCUUGCGUUGUCUUGGGUCUGCAGUUUCUUCACGACCAGAAGAUUGUUUAUCGAGAUCUCAAGUUGGACAACCUGCUGCUUGAUGUUGAUGGUUAUGUCAAAAUAGCUGACUUCGGUCUGUGUAAAGAAGGCAUGGGUUAUGGGGACAGGACCAGCACAUUUUGUGGGACGCCUGAGUUUCUGGCCCCAGAAGUACUGACGGACACCUCGUACACGCGAGCGGUCGACUGGUGGGGCCUCGGGGUGCUCGUCUACGAGAUGUUGGUCGGAGAGUCCCCCUUCCCGGGUGAUGAUGAAGAGGAGGUUUUUGACAGCAUCGUGAAUGACGAAGUGCGCUACCCGCGCUUUCUCUCCAAUGAGGCCAUUGGCAUUAUGAGACGGCUCCUGAGAAGGAAUCCUGAGAGGCGGCUGGGCUCUGGAGAAAAAGAUGCUGAGGAUGUGAAAAAACAGCCUUUCUUCAGAGAUACGGACUGGGAGGCUCUCCUUCUUCGGAAAGUCUCGCCGCCUUUUGUCCCGUCCAUCAAAGCAAAAGAGGACGUCAGCAACUUUGAUGUGGAGUUUACAGCCGAGGCUCCGACCCUCACGCCGCCCCGCGAGCGACGCAGCCUUUCCCGAAAGGAGCAGGACUAUUUUAAGGAUUUUGACUAUGUGUCUGACCUCUGCUAGGGUCCACAGUGUAGCGGACGGCCACUGCCGGCCUCAGACUCAAAGAGGGGAGGAGGAUGGGAUGGUUAGCUGCAGGAACUCAUGAGAUGAACAACUGGCUUGGAUCAGUGGGUGGGUGUGUGUGUGUGUUUGCGUGCAUGUGUUGAGUGUGAAAGGGGGGAGGAAAAUCAGCCAGUAUGUGAUCGCGUGUCUCGCACAUCUGCAGUGUCAGUGACCUGCUGACCUUUUGGACAAUCUGGAGGGGCUUUUCGCGGAAAUCGAGAUGAUCACCGAAGAUAAUCCAGAUUAUGUAGCAAUGGAGUUGACAUGGUCCCGCUGUGUGCACUGUCUGGAGUCGGCAUCGUUGUCGGCAAAAUGCUCAACGAGCCAAAAAGUAUCAGUCGGAAGCUGGUUAUCCUCACGACAGGUUUUGGUCUCUCAUCUUGUGUUUUUUGUCUAUGCUGUGUCUCACACUGACUCAAAACUCGGUCAGUCCUGAAUGUACGUCGUCACUGUCAAUCAUGCGCUGCUUCAAAAUGAACACUCGGGGGCGCCAAAGAAACGAAAGUCAGUUUACUGUCAAGUCAAAUUCCGUUUCUUUUUGUUGAUUGUGUCAAAAAAAAAAAAAAAGAGGCAUUUGUAAUACUUUGUCCUAUCCUGCUGUAAAAGAUGUGUUGUAAACGUUGUUUUAGUUUCAUUAAAUCACUUUCAUCCACUUUCA